AUGGCCGGCGGGGCGGCCGGGCGGGGACCUGAGCCCCCGGACUUCCAGCGCCAUCCAGAAGCCAUCGCACCGCGCCUGGCCCACGGCUACCGGCUGCGCAGCAUGAGAGAGCUGCGGGACCUGGAGUUCGGCCGCCUAGCAGGAACUGUCUACCUUGACCAUGCAGGAGCCACCUUGUUCCCCCAGAGCCAGCUCACAAACUUCACUAAGGAUCUCAUGGAAAAUGUCUAUGGUAACCCUCACAGCCAGAACAUCAGCAGCAAGCUCACCCACGACACCGUGGAGCAGGUCCGCUACAGGGUCCUGGCUCACUUUCAUACCACCCCAGAGGAUUACAGCGUGAUCUUCACAGCUGGGAGCACAGCUGCUCUCAGGCUGGUGGCAGAGGCGUUUCCAUGGGUAUCCCAGGCCCCAGAGAGCAGCGGGAGUCACUUCUGUUACCUCACUGACAACCAUACCUCUGUGGUGGGGAUGAGGAAGUUGGCUGCGGCCAUGAAUGUCACAUCCACCCCAGUCAAGCCAGAGGACAUGUGGUCGGCGGAGGAAAGGGGUGCUGGAGUCUGUGACCCUGACUGUCAGCUGCCACACCUCUUCUGUUACCCAGCUCAGAGUAACUUUUCAGGCACCAGAUACCCACUGUGCUGGAUAGAGGAGGUCAAAUCUGGGCAGAGGAGCCCCGUGAAUGUGCCUGGGAGGUGGUUUGUGCUGCUGGAUGCAGCCUCUUACGUCAGCACCUCCCCCUUGGACCUGUCAGCUCACCAGCCUGACUUUGUCCCCAUCUCCUUCUAUAAGAUCUUUGGGCUUCCCACAGGCCUGGGUGCUCUGCUCGUCAGUAAGCACGCGGCGCCUCUGCUGAGGAAAGGCUACUUCGGAGGAGGGACUGCAGCUUCCUACCUUGCAGGAGAGGACUUCUACAUCCCGCGGACAUCGGUGGCAGAAAGGUUUGAAGACGGCACCAUCUCGUUCCUUGAUAUAAUCGCAUUGAAACAUGGGUUUGAUGCAUUGGAGCACCUCACAGGUGGCAUGGAGAACAUACAGCGGCACACCUUUGCUCUGGCACAGUACACCCACUCUGCCCUGUCUGCCCUCUGCUACCCCAAUGGAGCCCCCGUGGUGCGGAUUUACAGUGAUUCCGAGUUCAGCGGUCCUGAUGUCCAGGGCCCAAUCAUCAAUUUCAAUGUGCUGGAUGAUGGUGGGAGCAUCAUUGGCUACUCCCAGGUUGACAAAAUGGCCAGCCUGUACAACAUCCACCUGAGGACGGGCUGCUUCUGUAAUCUGGGGGCCUGCCAGAGGCACCUGGGACUAAGUGACGAGAUGGUUAAGAAACAUUUUCAGGCUGGCCAUGUCUGUGGAGAUGAUGUCGACAUCAUAGACGGACGGCCCACAGGCUCUGUGAGGGUUUCCUUUGGAUACAUGUCCACACUAGAAGAUGCCCAGGCCUUCCUGAGGUUCAUCAGUGCCAUCUGCCUUCGUUCACCCGGUGACCUGCCUGUUCCUCAUGCCAACGCCAGCGAUGCUGGAGGUUUACCCUCAGAGAGGGACUGCCACUCACCUCAGGAAGGUUCCUGCACAGACCCUGCAGUUCCUAGUGACUCCCAUCCUGGCGCAAAUACCGUGGACUUGCGCCUGUCUCUGAGCGAAGGCAGCAGCAUCCAGCGGACCCUUCCAGAGAAAGCUGCAGGUAUCCCGAAUGGGGAGCUCGGGCCCCACACUGUCACCAACAUUUACCUCUACCCCAUCAAAUCCUGUGCUGCGUUUGAGGUGACCAGGUGGCCCGUGGGGAGCAAAGGGCUCCUGUAUGACCGGGGCUGGAUGGUUGUGAAUCACAACGGCAUUUGCCUGAGUCAGAAGCAGGAGCCCCGGCUCUGCCUGAUCCAGCCCUUCAUCGACCUGCAGCAGAGGACCAUGGUCAUCAAAGCCAAAGGGAUGGAGCCUAUAGCGGUGCCUCUUGAGGAAGACGAUGAGCCAGCUCAGAUUUGCCAGAGCAGAGUGUGUGCCGACAGGGUAAAUACUUAUGAUUGUGGAGAAAAUGUUUCAAGAUGGCUGUCAAGGUUUUUCGGCCGUUCAUGUCGUUUAAUCAAACAAAGUCCUCACUCCGAGCGGAAUGCAAGGAAGACACCUGGAAAAGGGCAGUCUCCGGGCGUUGCCGCCACCCUCUCCCUGGUGAACGAGGCACAGUAUCUGCUGGUGAACACAUCGAGCAUUCUGGAGCUUCAGCAGCAGCUAAAUGCCAGUGGCGAGCAUGGAAAAGAGGAGCCAUUCUCAGUGAAAGAUCUCGUCUCCCGCUUCCGCGCCAACAUCAUUACCAAGGGAGCCAGGGCUUUCGAAGAAGAGGAAUGGGAUGAGGUUUCGGUUGGCUCCUUGCAUUUCCAGGUUCUGGGGCCUUGUCACAGGUGUCAGAUGAUCUGUAUCGACCAGCAAACAGGGCAGCGGAACCAAGAUGUCUUCCAGAGGCUCUCCGAGAGCCGGCAGAGAAAGGUGAACUUUGGUGUGUACCUGAUGCAUGAGUCCUUGGAUUUAUCCUCUCCAUGUUUCCUGUCCGUGGGAUCCGAGGUGCUCCCUGUGUUGAGAGAGUGUGGAGUGUCCUGACUCUCCUGCUUCCCAGAAACACGCGAGCGUCAUCUCCUAUCAUUUCUUCCCCAGAGAGCAUUAAAGUUCCUCUUUACAGCGCUGCCUACCCUUACUGAGACCUGCAACUUGAUUCAGCGGAUCUUAGCUUUAGAACGAACACUGCUCUUUGCCUUUGGAGGUUGAGCCCACUCUUGUUCAUUGCCCUCUGACCUCUCUGCUCACCGUCACUGACCAGGCUCAGCAGAGGACAUUAAUGCCCACACCAAACAAGGCUCCCUCACAUCUCCCAUAUCCAAAGAAUGAGCAGUAAUAGUCGAUGAAAUUUUUCAUGAGACUCAGAAGAUUAAGUUGUUGUUGUUGUGGGUUUUUUUCCUCGUGUGAGAGUUGGGUCUUUCUACCUUGUGGAUCCUGGAGAUCAAACUCAGGUGUCAGGUUUGGUGGCAAGUGCCUUUACCUGCUGAGGCACUUUCAUGCCCCGCCCCUUUUUACGUGGUUUAUAGGGCCAGGUGGUGGUGGUGGUGGUGCUGGCACACACUUUUAAUCCCAGCACUUGCGUGCCAGAGGCAGGCAGAUCUCUGUGAGUUUGAGGCCAGCCUGGUCUACAUGAGUGAGCUCCAAGGCUACACAGAAGGACCCUGUCUCAAAAAACCAAAAGCAAAAAGUUUAUUGAGUACAUUGCAACAUUACAAAAGGUCAGCAGGCUUGUAGUACCUAGAGUGUACUGCCUAGUUUUCAAUCUAUAUAUUUUUGGUGGCAGGGGUUGGGACAGGGUUUUCUGUCUCUCAGGCUGGCUUGAUUUUCUGGCCUUCACCUCCCAAGUGCUGGAAUGUUCCACCAUAUCAUAACCAACUUGAUUUAUAUAUUUUGAAGGUUUCUUUACUUAUUUAUGUAUGGAUGUGUGUUAACACUUAAGAUUUCUAUGUUUUUUUCCCCUUAGUUUUUCAUUUUUAGACGGGGUUUCACUGUGUGUCCCUGGCUGGCCUAGAACUUAUUCUGUAGAGCAGGCUGCUCUUGAAUUCAUGGAGAUCUGCCUGCCUCUGCUUCCCAGGUGCUAGGAUUAUAGGCUCAUGUCACCACACCUGACUUCUACAUCUUUUUGAUGGACUGGGGCUUUUUGACAUAUGUAUCUUUUUUGUCACUAGUAUUUUUUUUUCCGGCUGUCUAAUAUGUCUUGUUGAUGUAGCUAUUUCUGAGAAUUAUUCUGAGAAUCCUUUCAUGAAUAAACAUAAAUCCUGAAAUUCUUGAAAAAGUAUCAAACUUAGUGUAGCAAUUUCUAAAAAGGUUAUAUAUUAUGGCUGCGCAUGUGUUUUGAUUUUAUAAGAUGAAGUGUGUUGACACAUUGCACAGACCGCCCAGCUAGAGAGUGUGUCUUUGCACAUUGCAAGUGUGUGCUUUCAUCUCCAAAGACACACUUGCUAACGUUUGUGAAUGAAUAACACAAGCAAGCCCUCUGCUGUACACCUCACGGGUCUAACUUAAUUCCCCUGAGCGCCCCACGGUGGGCAAAAUGGCCUGGUGAAGGUGUGAUGGGAGAGGUGCCCGGCAGAGAUCAAAUCAGAGCCAGGCGCCCUCUUCCCUGAGCAGAGAUCAAAUCAGAACCAGGUGCCCUCUUCCCUGAGCAGAGAUCAAAUCAGAGCCAGGUGUCCUCCUUCCUGCCGUGGUCAAAUGCCAAGUCGUCGUCGUGAUGGUGGGCAACAGUCUGAGCACUGCAGGUGGGUCGAAUCACGUGAUCCUUUUGAAGAACUUACUAGCCUCCUGUCUGUUUAUAGAUGAGGAGGCUUAGGUCAAGAUUAGUCGCUUGAUUCAGGCUCUCAGAACUGCGGCAUAUCCCGCUGCAUCAACAGGACAAGCUCAGUGGGCCUGGUGGUUCCUGUCGGCCAAUCAGACGAUGGUGCUUUGAACAGCAGUCCAGGGACAGGGCGGCAUCUAGGAGAGUUUACCUGUUCUUUUCUGCCUACAGCUGUCUCUGGUCUCAAGGGCCUCAAGCGUGUCUGAAAGUGGUGUUGGCUGUCCGGAGUGACAGUGCCUUCAUUAGACGAUGCUAUCAGAACCAGUUGGUCCUAUUUUUGCCACCUCUCCCUGAUGCAUAGUGCAGUUGUGAUGGCUUAAGCUGUCAACCUGACAGGAUCUGGGGUUACCUUGGAGACAACCUCUGGACACACCUGUGUGGGAUUGCCUAGGUUAAUGGGUGGUGUGUCUACCCCAUAUGUGGGUGGCACCAUCCCAUAGGCUGGGGUUCUGGACUAAACAAAAGGCAGAAAGUGAGCUUAGCACCAACAUUCAUCUCUGCUUUCCGACUGGAUGUGAUACACCAGUUGUCUCACACCUUUCUAUUUUUUUCCUGUGCCACGUGGAUUUUAUAAACCCAAAUAAAUGCUAAUUUUCUUAAA